AUGACCCCAGAUAUCAUUUUAGAAGACACCCCAACCCCUUCGGAGCCCCUCCUCCGCCUCCUAAAAUCCCAUCUCCCUCACUCACUCCCUGUUCUCCGCCGUCUGCAGUUUGCCCUCAACUUCUCCGGCGGUAGGACACCGCACACCCAUGUCUUGUAUGCCCACUACCCCGGGGAUGACACCAACGACACCAAGGGCGGCCACUUCGCCGCAGGGUGCGUCGAUCUCUCCCGCGGCCCGGAAACCCAGCUCUGGAUCUACUCCUCCUUGGAACACGCAGCCAACAACAACAACCACUCGAAGCCGGAUGCCAUGCUCCGCGAUGGUUACUCGCCAAUAAUAAAAGCAGACGACGCGGAAGAGGAGCGAGCGCUGACUCUCGUCCUCGCUAUCCUCCGCCGCAUCAAGGCCGUCGCUGCCGCCGCUUCCACCAGUAACAGCGGCUCUGACGACGUUCAUGACGGAAAUGAGGGUGGAAACCGGACCGGGGAGGGAGCCCCCGAUAUCCUAGUCGGGUCCCUGCACGAAACCGUCCGGCAAGGUUUGCUUGCCAGAGGGGUGCGCAUGUCCAAAGCGCCGGCCGUGGGGCCUGAGGUGGACUGGGAGUUCUGCGGGAAAUGGCUGUUUCGCGUCGAGGAUUUUCCUGUCCCGCCAGCUGAGGGCCGUCAUGAGGAGGGCUUGCCGGAGGGGAUGAGGUGGGAUCGGGUGAGGAAGGAGGAUGUUGGGGUUGUGUUGGCGCGGACCAGUAUCAAGCGGAAAGAGCUUGAUGACGGCACACCGAUUGCGUGGGCUUUUAUGGGUGAUAUCAUGGAAUCUCUAGGACUUGAUGGGACGCUAAUGACGCUACACGUUGAGGAAGAAUAUCGGCAGCGCGGCUUGGCGAAAGCUCUGGCUUGCAAGUUAAUGCGCGAGCACCUUCAGGACUAUGGCGACGACUGCUGGGGAGCGGCUGAUGUGUUCGUCGAGAACCAUAAGAGUCAGGCGUUAUGCCGAAGCAUCGGUGGGAAGAACAGCUGGACGCUGUCCUGGUAA